AUGCCUUCACUGUCAGCGACAGAAAAGCGGAAGCUGCUGAUACAGCAAGAGAUUGCGCGUCUGCAGGGCCAGAUCGCCAGCAGCAGCAGUUCACACUCUUCCUCGUACCACCCGUAUCGUGGCUCCUCGCGCGGUGGCUCCCACGGUGGCUCCCGUGGCUACUCUCGUGGUAGCUACGGAGGGUCAUCGCGCGGACGCGGUCGUGGGCGCGGUGGAUCAUCCAGCCUCAACCUCCGCACCCCAGGCGGUCCCAACACGUCAACUAACACAGCCUCCCCAGUGGAGAAGGAGGAAGGCGAGGUGUCACCUCCGCCUUCUCCCAAGCCUCCCGUCGGAGGGGGCUGGGUUAGUUCGACCAGUCGCGGUGGCAACAUGAGUCUCAUGACUGUACAGAAGAGGAAACAGCUCAACAACACUAAGCCUGUCCCUCGCGGGCCUGCACAUGUGCAGAUGCUGCAGUCGACAUCCGAGUCGACUCCAAGCGGGGCAGAAUCGAAGCGCGUUGUCAUCGACGGUGUCAUCUUUCAGUUCGAGGAAGGCGGGAAGCAGCUUACGCGUAUCGGAGAACUCCCCUCCGCUGGCUCGUCAAGUGCUGCAGUAGGGACGCCGACCCGCCAUCGUCUCAAGUAUGGCGGCCAGGACUAUCGCCGAACCAAACGCGGCAACCUUGUGUCGCGAGCAGCCCUCGACGCCAAGCGUGCCGAGCAGGCUAAGAAGCCUUGCCGGUACUACACCAAGACUGGCCGUUGCGAUCGCGCCCUGACCUGCCCUUACCAACAUAUUCCUGACCGCCUCUCCGUUUGUCCGGCAUUUUUGAGCAAGAAGGGCUGUAAUCUUGGCGAAUCCUGUCCACUUUCACACAAGCCUUCCGGCCACAACACACCGUCCUGCAUCCACUUCCAAUCUAGCGCCAACUGCCUCAACCCCAAGUGCCCGUAUCCUCAUGUGGGUGUUGCGACGGACGCACCAGUGUGUGAAGAGUUUGCUCGUGAGGGCUGGUGUGACCGAGAGGACGGAACCUGUCCGGAGCUCCAUGUUUGGGAGUGCCCAGAAUUCCACGCCAAGGGAAUAUGCUCGCGCCAGCCUAAAUGCGGUCUUCCACAUGUGGUACACGCCGAGAAGCUCAGGAAGGCGGCUGCGGCUAGCAAGACUCCCGAGGGGAUGGCUUCUGGCAGCUUUGAGGACCAGGCAGACUUUAUUGGGCUGCCUGGGGAGGUGUUCUCGGACUCUGAGAGCGACGAGGAGGACCCGGUCGAGGGGGACGAGGAGGACCCGGUCGAGGGGGACGAGGAGGACCCGGUCGAGGGGGACGAGGAGGAGGAAGACGAGAAUGUGGAGGGCAGUGACGACGAGGCCAUGGGAGACAACGAAAACGAAGGUAAGCCCUGUCAGUCGAUGGAGAUGGACACCGAUGAGGAUGACGAGGCGAGGGUGAUGGAGGUGGUCUAG